AAAUCAGGUCAAAAGAGUGAUAAUGACUUAACUUUAGGUAUUUUAAUGUCUUUGAUUUUUCAAAAAUAGAUUACAAGACGCUUGAAAGCUUGACUUCACGUCCAAUGAAGUUUGUGUACGUAUGCUUACACGUCUUUUCUUUGGUCUAAACAAAUGCUGUUACUGUGGAAAUGUGAUCACAGCCGAUGGUCAUGCUGUAUCCUUUAUGUUUAAGAAAACUGUCUCCAUCCAAGACGAACCUAGAAGAGAACCAAAGACACUCAAGGUUUUUGCUGAUAUAGUUGACGAUGCAGAGAUUUGGGCUGUUGAUCCUGGUAUAUCAACUAUCUUUUCUGCAGUUAACUCUACAGAACAUGAACGUAUCCAAACAACAAGCUUGGAAGAAUACUAUCAUUUAUGUAGUUACAGACUUGCUACAAGAAGACGAACAGAACAUCAAGAGUGCCAUUUAGAUGAAUUUAAGUAUAUCAGUGAAUUGCCUACUUUAAAAACUGCAGACUUGAGCUCAUUUUUACUAGCUGCCUCUACACGUCUACAAAACUAUCAAAGAAUCCAUAGCUACUGCUGUCAAGAUAAAUAGCAUGUCGCUCUCUUACAUGGUGCGGAUUUUAACAAAGCUGUAUAUGAAAUAGGCCUCAAAAGCUAAGUUCAAGACGUGUAUCAACAAGCAAAAAGGAACUCAAGAAAUUGCUAAAAGGCUCUUUGGCAACAGCAAGAAGUAUGGUACAUCAAGCAGAGUUGGCGCCAAAAAUCAAACCUCAGUCAAAAGCAAACAUAUACCUCUACCUCCUGC